AUGAGUCCCCGUAAGAGGGCUCGCCCAAACCCGGCACCGACGACUCCCAAGACGAUGGCGAGCCCCGUUCCAACAGCGGAGCACGCUAUCGCCGCUACGUCACUGUCACAGGCCCCAGCAACCUCGGAACGCUCGCAGAGCGAUCAGCAAUCGCCAGCUUCGCGGCAUGCCAACGCGAACAGCGCAGCGUUGGCGGGGCAGGAGAAGCAGCACGAGAUCCGCAAGACUAAGAGCUGGUACGGCUCCUGGCCAGCACCCCCGAAGGCGACCGCGUCCACGUCGGUGGCCAGAGAAAACAUCCUCGGCGGCACCGUCAAAUCGACCAAGGCAUCUGACCUAAGCCGCUUCGAGUCUAAGAAGGCAGACGACGCGGCCAGCAUCUCCAGCCUGACCGGGACCGCGCGAGGAUUACCCAAAAUUCCCGAAGCGAAGCCGGACGAAGCCGUUGCAAAGGACGUAGGCCAGCAGCCCGACCCUGAGAUCCCCCCAUCAGAAGUCCCCAAACCCCCCGACGAUACCAAACCGACCCUCGAAACCUCUUCAACUACCGCGACUCCCGCUCGGCCAACUACAUCGUCUGGGUGGCUUGGCUGGCUAUCUAGGGCUCCGGUUACAGAAACCCAGGCCUCAACACCUCCAGCGCAACCCGAAAUGAUGGAAAUAAGCCCUGAUCCCACCAAGGAAAUCGAACAACCUCGGCCGGCUACACCUCCAGCUCAGACCAAACCACCUGAACCCGACUCGCCGCAGGUUGCCAAAAGCGCGCCAGCGACAUCCUGGUUUGGGUUCUGGCACGCUAACACUGAGAAAUCCAAGGACGCAAACCCGAAGCCUGAUACGGAACCUGAGCCAGCAGCCGAACCUGCUCCCGAGGACGUCACUAUGACAGACACACCACCACCACCUCCUCCUCACAAGCAUGCACCACCACCUCAAGCGGGCUCAACAUGGGCCUUCUGGACCAAGGACUCACCCAAGGCGAAAGCAAAACCUGCCCUUGAGGAAUCUGGGGAGAUUGCGGUCAUCGGGGAUCGCUCCGAGGCUCAUCCCAAGCCCAUGGAGGAGUGCGAUGUGUCUCAAUCACCAUCCAAGGCGCCCAAAGCAGUUACCAAGCCUAAUGAUAUCCAGCCCACGGGCAGAUCAACUUGGCGGAGAACCAAGCGACUUCGGCCACAGUCCAUGGAAAUCGAUUCUCCAUCAACUUCACCAUCCGGUGCAUCCACACCAACUAGCACAACACCUCACUUACAUGACAUUAACCAGCCCACGAUACCACCUGCACGGGUUGAUUCGUCAAAUCAGUCUAUUGCUGACUCUGAAUUAUCAACAAAGCUCACCAAUAACCUUUUACUCCCAUCAUUCUCCAGCACCUACCGGAUGAAGGAGAACCCGUCAAUUCUGAAGCAAAUCACGCAGUUUCUCCUCCGCUCUCAACAGUCACCAGCACACCACGUCGUCCGCGUCAAAGACCCGCCCAAGAUUCAAAAGGCCAUUGCCAUCGGCGUCCACGGCCUUUUCCCCGCCAGCUAUCUCCGCCCCAUGAUCGGUCAGCCCACCGGGACGUCAUUGCGAUUCGCCAACCUCUGCGCCGAUUCCAUCCGACGAUGGGCGGAAGAUCACGGAUGUGGUGACUGCCAGAUCGAAAAGGUCGCUCUCGAGGGCGAGGGCAAGAUCAAGGACCGUGUGGAGAAUCUCUGGAAGCUCAUGUUGAACUGGAUCGAUCACAUUCGGAGCGCAGAUCUUGUUGUCAUCGCAUGUCACUCCCAGGGUGUCCCAGUGAGCAUCAUGCUGCUUGAGAAGCUUAUUGAUCUCGGAAUUAUCACCAACGCCAAGAUCGGCGUUUGUGCCAUGGCUGGCGUCUCACUGGGACCCUUCCCGGAUAUCAAGUCCAGCCUUCUAAUGGGUUCAGCGGCCGAGCUUUGGGACUUUGGGAAUGCUGAAAGCGAAAACUCAAAGCGAUUUGAAGCGUCACUUAAACACGUCCUGGACUAUGGAGCCCGCAUCACAUUCAUCGGAAGCAUCGAUGAUCAGCUGGUCCCCAUGGAGUCUGCCGUCUACUCGCCUGCCAACCAUCCCUACAUCUACCGCGCCGUCUUUAUCGACGGUCGCGUCCACGCCCCCGAUUUCAUCGCCCAUCUCAUCGGCUUCGCCCUCAAACUCCGCAACCUCGGCGUCUCCGAUCACGGCCUCAUCCGCGAGCUCUCGAUCCCCCUUGCCGGUUCUCUCUACUCCGGCGCCGGCCACUCCCGCAUUUAUUUCGAUGAAGCCGUCUACGAUCUCGCCAUCUCACACGCCCUCGAGACCGCACCCGCCCACUCCCCGCCACCUUGCGACAUAUCCACACGCCAGGGGCCACUCACCUCCCCUAACCCCUACGUCCUCCCGUGGAUCAUGCGUGGUCUGCUGGAGGAGAAAUUUGUAAGGACGGAACUGCACAACGAGGCUGAUGAGCUGUUGCGCCAGUUCGACGACUGGAAACCCACAAACAAAGCUCUCAAGGACGUCAAGUACCGCCUCGAAGCCCUCCGGUCCAAAUUAUAA